AUGAAUUUAAUUCGAAAUUUUACAAGACCUUAUUAUUAUUAUUCUAAUAUUAAUAAAAAUUUAAAUUUAAAUUUUAAAAUUAUUGGAAGGAAACAUAAUAAUAAUUAUAAUAACAAUAAUAAAUCACAAAUAUCACAAAAUUUAUCAAGGCAAUUUUCUACAUUUCGUUCUUAUCCUAAUAUUACAAAUGCUAGACAUAACCAAGUAUUCCGAGACGAGGAAGACGAAAAAGAGUUUUAUAAUGAUAACGAAAAAAAGGUUUAUAAUAAUAAUGAAGAAAAUUUUUAUAGGGAUAAUGAAGAAAAUGUAAGUGCAAAUGCAAAUAUCAAGGCAAAGGGAGAAGAAGGAGAACUUGAAGAAAUAGAUCGUUCACAAUAUCCAGAACUCUUUCCUUCCGAAGAAGAAUUAAAUCAAUAUUAUGAUGAAGAACGUGAACAUAAUGACGCUGAUGAUGUUUGGUUUGUAGAUCCAGCUUAUGAAAAUCCCCAAGAAGAAAGAAUAAGAAAAACCAAAGAUGAUCAAGAUAAUCAAAAUAAACCUAUUGAUGAAUUCAUUCCUUUAUGGCAAAGAAAAGCCGCAAAUAUUUCUUCUCCUUCUUCCGAAUCAAGUCAAUUUUCACAUUUAUCAUCAUCAUUUCAGAAAGAUAAUUUAUUACAUCCGAGUAGAAAUUUUUUGAAUAUCGUAAGACAUUUGGAAGAAGAUGGAAUUGAAAAUAUUACCUUGAUAGAUGUAAGGCAAAAAUGUGAUUUUGCCGAUUGGAUUAUAAUUGGGGAAGGUAAAAGUACUAGGCAUUUAGGAGGUUCGGUGGAUGGUUUAUAUAAAAUGUUUAAUGCAAAUUCCUCAAAAUCUUCUAUUAAAAAUUAUCCAAUUGUAGAAGGACGAGAUUCCGAAGAUUGGAUGUUAAUAGAUACUGGUUCAAUUUUUGUACAUUUAUUUACUACAGAAGCUAGAAAAUAUCGAGAUAUAGAAGAAGGAUUACGUAGAAUUACUAAAAAUAUGGAAAGAGAGUUUAGACAAUUUGAUCCUAAACUUAGCAGGCGACCUCCUCUACCAAAAUAUGAUUAA